AUGGCAGUCGACAUCUCGCAACUCUCGGCGAACUGGAAAAAGCUGCAGGAGAAAAUCAAGACUGUCGAGUCUACUAAGGCAAAGACUCCUGCAGAGAAGAGCAACAAAAGGAAGGCUGGGGAGAGUGGGAUCGAGGAGAAGCCUUUUAAGAAGAGGAAAGAGGAUAAGGGGUCGCCCAAGAAGGUAAAGGACAGCAAGGAGUCUCCUAAGAAAGGGGAAAAGGAGAAGCUAUCAAAGGUUAAAGCCAAAGACGACGCCAAAAAGUCCGAGACUAAGGAUUCCAAACCACCAAAAGACUCGAAAACGUCAUCACAAUCGUCGUCCAAGGACAAGAAACCCUCCUCCUCCACAAUGGGCAACACCCUCUCCUCCAAGAUCGACCCCUCUCCCCUAACCUCCACCCGCACAGGCACCAUCUCCCCCUCCUUAGCCCUCUGGGCCGCCGAAAACGACAUCACCCCCGAAUCCCUGGCCGAGGCCUACGGUCUCGGCCUGCACAACAACUCUCUUCUCACGUCCAACCCCACAACGCCCAACGCCGGUUUGACUCCAAACCUCGAAGUCGGCAAGUACAUCGCCCUCGAUUGCGAGAUGGUCGGCGUUGGAGAUGGGGGACAUGAAGAUGCGUUAGCGAGGGUUAGUGUCGUGGAUUUUCACGGCAGGCAGGUCUAUGAUUCGUACGUGAGGCCUAGACAGAGGGUCGUCGACUGGCGUACGGCUGUGUCUGGUGUAGCCCCAAAACAUAUGGCUACCGCCCGAUCGUUUGACGAAGUGCAGGCGCAGAUUGCAUCCCUCCUCAAAGGGAGGGUGCUGAUAGGCCAUGACGUGAAGCACGACCUGCGGGUGUUGGAACUAUCCCAUCCGGUGAAGGAUAUAAGAGAUACGGCGAAAUACGGUGGGUUCAGGAAGUACGGGCAUGGGCCGAAGCCGGCACUGAAGGUGCUGGCGAAGGAGGUGCUGGGCGUGGAAGUGCAGAAGGGGGAGCAUAGUAGUAUGGAGGAUGCGAGGGUGGCGAUGUUGUUGUUUCGGAAGUGUAAGAGUGGGUUUGAUUUGGAGCAUGCGGCGAGGUUUCCGGAGGAUAGUAAUAGGAAGGAUGGGGGGAAGAAAGGUGGGAAGGGGAAGGGGAAGAAGGCGAAGAAACGUUAG